AUGUCCUUGUUAUCUAACCGACCUACCGGGUCAUCAUAUUCGAUUAGUUCGCUCUUUAAGUCGGUCGACCUUCCAGAGAAGGAAUCUGGAAGUAAGGGCGAAUCAGUUGUAUUGUGUAGUGAGCUAAUCUCGAACGCCGUUGUGGUCGCCACAGGUUUUGUAUUGUGCCUGUUAAUUUUUGCGCCUCGUUUUCGUAAAUCUGAUAAUGGGAAACUGGUGAAGUCUCAUGUUAGUGCCAAGGCCUUGAAUGUGUACACCAAAGCCGAAGUUUCUUUGCACAACAGAAGGACCGACUGUUGGAUUAUCAUUAAAAAUAAGGUUUAUGAUGUCACCUCUUAUGUAGAAGAACACCCUGGUGGUGAUGCCAUCCUGGCACAUGCUGGCGAUGAUUCUACUGAAGGUUUCUUUGGGCCACAACAUGCUACCCGCGUUUUUGACUUGAUUGAGGACUUUUAUAUAGGAGAUCUAGUGAAGUGA